AUGGAGGUCCCGCAGCAGAAUCGGGGCAGGUCCCCUUCGAUCGCCGCCGAUAACAAUCCAAACAUAAACCCCUCCAACCCCGUCAACCCGGCCGGCCACAAAUAUCAAGAUCAGACUGCGACGUUCGCUUUGGAUCCCGCCCUCUCUGCGUCCCAUCUCCCCCCGUCGCCGUCGCUCUUCCCCAGCUCGAACCCUGCCACCGGCGCUGCGGACGCCUAUGCGAUCAACAAUUCGUUUAUGCACAGCGCGGCCACAUUGGAUAGCAAUCUGCUGCACCCAAACCUUGCGCCAGACCCGUUAUAUACCCAGAACCAGAACUAUUCGCAGUCCUUUGAGGCGAGCUUUAUCCAGCAGCUCGAGCAUUCCUCGAACUUGAAAGCGGAUCCAGGGAAUAGCAAUCACAUCUCCAAUCUCCUGCCUUCAGACGAGCUGAACUUUGACGAAUUCACAAUGUACCAGAACAGCACUUCGGCACCCGAUUUCUCCUCGUCGCUGAUGCUAGACCCCCAGCUCGCCCAAUCCUCGCCGCACCUCAACCAGUCCAUCAACCCCGCUGAUCUCAGCAGAGUGUCUUCUCCCCAUAAUCCCUCCCCACCCCAUCUAGCCCCCCCGGAAUCGCACUCACCACGCCCUACAUCUCCAGUAUCAACGCCGGGAACCUACUAUACUCCUCAGCAUUCGCGCCACACUUCUCUUGAUCCCGCCAGCGCAGCGUAUAUCACAGGACAUGGACACUCGGAUUGGCAAGGAAUGCUUGGAAACCCGUCAUUCCAGGGCCAUAGAAGAGCUCCAUCAGAACACUCGGACGUCUCUUCUGUGACUCACUCCCCGUAUCUGCCCCAAGAUAACAGCUUUGACCCUGCUGAUAAUAGCCAUUCACCACUUCUAAUGGCACAACCUGAUCCUUUGCUAUACGAGAAUGCCCUCGGAAUUGGAUCGUUCACUAUUUCAGAUCAAGAUCAAGCAUUCAGUCCUGCCCACAGUCCUUACAAUAUGUCCCCUCGAUUAAUACCACAACAACCAGGGGGGGAUGUGGGACCCGAUAACUCUUUCCUCACCACUCAGACACUGAACAAUCAGUUUGCCCCUUCUCCCUUGGAUACCUAUACCUUGAAAACGGAUACGUCUGGUCUUCCUCCCUUGCAAUCGCAGAAUAGCCCAAGUGAAAUGGGCCAAGCUGCUCAGAUGAAACCGCCCGUUAUCAGUGUAGAAUUUGCACCCCCGUCGAGGACCUCCACUUUCGAAACAGGCAAUAAGCUAGAAGGAGAUAAGGAUACUUUAAGCCCGCCCAUCAGUCGACGAGGUAGAAGUCAAUCUGACCCGUUUGCGCAAUCUAUGCCACGCUCAUUAUCGACUUCCGCCGUCAACGCACCGUUCCCCAGCAUGCCACAUGAUCCGCGUUCACUAUCACCGUUUCCUCGCAGCACCGGUACCCUCAGCACUCCAUCUUCUCGUGAAACGUCGCCGGCGGCCAAGAACCGACGGCAGUCGACUUCAUCGAUAGAUAGUCGCAACUAUAUUCUUGACCUUGCGGAUCCUCAGCGCCCCGGCUCGAAUGCGGGUGAUUCAAAACGUGUACAGAAGCAUCCAGCCACGUUUCAGUGCACUCUUUGCCCGAAAAGAUUUACACGUGCUUAUAACUUGCGCUCCCACCUUCGGACCCAUACCGACGAACGGCCGUUUGUUUGCACUGUUUGCGGCAAAGCAUUUGCGCGCCAGCAUGAUAGAAAGCGGCAUGAAGGGUUGCAUUCCGGGGAGAAAAAGUUCGUUUGUCGUGGAGAUCUAACACUCGGUGGGCAGUGGGGUUGUGGACGCCGCUUUGCUAGAGCCGACGCCUUGGGAAGGCAUUUUAGGUCAGAAGCCGGCAGAGUGUGUAUAAAACCACUAUUAGACGAAGAAGCUGCAGAACAUGCACGGAAGUUACGAGAACAGCAGCACCAGCACCAGCAGCAGCUCACGGGACACUUGCAACCCGUCCAUCAAUCCAUCACAAUACAAGGCAUGGACCCCCAGCACCAGGCGUUUACUCUUCCUGCUGCGCUCUUGGCGCAGUAUCCUGCUCUUCAGAAUUUACAAUGGGAUCAAAUAUCCUCCCAACCAGAUGAUAAUACCGAUUUUGGAGGUAGCGGUGGACGCCGAAGCUUUGAUGCCAGCUCUGGUGGCGAGUUUGGAUUCGGUGAUGAUGAAGAGACCGGAUUGAGUAGCGGGUAUGUGAGCGGACAAGGAACAGGACCUGGUCCCGCGUCACAAGACCAAAUGCUAGGCAUUAAUCAGGGUGGUGGUGCUGGUGGUGGCGGUUGGCAUCCUCAUCCCGGUGGGUGGACAGGUGAUUACGAUGGCAGCAAAUAG